AGGGUGUAGGGUUUUAUUUCGCCAAGCUCAAUGCUAGCGCGGCUAUGGCGACUUCCAUGGCGCUAUCGCCCUACAUUGUCGAUCGCAAGGUCCAUGCGCGGCGCGAUCGCCACGAUUCCAUCGUCUCUAUCACUCGGUUUUUCCCGCAGCUACUCGCGUAGCGAUAGCGAGGAUUUCGAUGAAGAAGAGGAAGUGGACGACGAUGAGGACUUGGAUAUCGAUCCCGAGGUAUGGGACGAGGAUCCGGACGGCGCCAAGAAUCUGGAUCCAACUUACGAGUUCCCGAAGCCCACCACCGAGACAAAGUUCUACGGCUUUUUCGACAAGAAUUACAAGCCCAGCUCGGACUCGGAGGUGGACACGGAGGACGACGAGGACGUGGAUUACUCCUUCUCGACGGACUACAAGUUCUCGCCGUUCGCGAGAGCUGGAGUUUCGUACGAGGACUGGAUCGAGAUGAAGAAGCAACACGAUUCCAUGCCGAAGAAGAGGAAGAAGGACGACGACUUGGACGUUGAUGACUUCGACGUUGAGAAGCUGCGAGGGGACAUACCUUUCGACAAGUGGGCCGAGCUCAAGCGCCAGUUUAGCAUGACCACGGAUGUCAAGGACGAAGAUCUCGACUUUGUGAGGGAUCGUCCCAAGGGCCAACGAAGUGGACUGGAUCCCAAUCCCAACGAGAGCUUGCACUACAAGACGAUGCCCAAGAACGCCACCAGCGAGGAGAGGAUGAGAUACUUCCGCGGGGAGCUAGACAAGUACUUGAGGAUCGCAAACAAGUACGACUACACGCCUCGCUUCUUCUCCUCGGAUCCUCACAUCGAGCGAGUGAAAGCGAAGCUGUCGACCAUGAAGCCGGAUGCGGAUGGGAUUUACAGGAACACGAUCGAGUAUAUCUCGGACAUCGACGUGCUGCUCUACGCUUACAGGGUGGUGAAGGCCAGAAAGAUGGGACCGGGUACAGAUUGCACGACGAUACCCAUCGACAACAUCAAGAUGGACUGGUUCUACAAGACGCAGAGGGAGCUGAGAGAUGGAACUUACGAGUUUCCAGGUAGCUUUACGGUUUACGUGAAGAAGAAGAGCUUCAAGAAAUAGCGGUUCUCUACAA